AUGGAGCAAACAUUCAUCAUGAUCAAGCCCGACGGUGUCCAGAGGGGACUCAUCGGUGAAAUCAUCUGCAGGUUUGAGAAGAAAGGUUUCACUUUGAAGGGUCUGAAGCUGAUUAGUGUUGAGCGUGGUUUCGCUGAGAAGCACUACGAGGACUUGUCUGCCAAGUCCUUCUUCAGUGGUCUGGUUGAUUACAUAGUGUCAGGGCCCGUGGUUGCAAUGGUCUGGGAGGGGAAGAACGUUGUGUUGACAGGGCGUAAGAUCAUUGGAGCGACAAACCCAGCAGCCUCUGAGCCAGGAACCAUCCGUGGAGACUUUGCAAUUGACAUUGGCAGGAACGUGAUCCAUGGGAGUGACUCUGUGGAGAGUGCAAACAAGGAGAUUGCUUUGUGGUUCCCAGAUGGACCUGUCAACUGGCAGAGCAGCUUGACCCCUUGGAUCUACGAGUAG